AUGUUUAGAGCCGACUAUCUCAACAACAAACUCUGCCUUUCUCGCUGCGAAAAUAAUCCAGGAUACGCGAGACUCAAUCAGCAAGAUGAGAAAUGGAGGGAAUUUACAGAUGAACAAGGCUUCUUCAGCCCUAAUAAGCUAUGCCACCACUUCAAAAGGCUAGUCAACGAAUCUUGGAGUACCAUAGAUGUCCCAAAAGGAAUGACUAUACAAGAACUACGUCAUAAGGAAGGAGCGUGGGGAGUUGUGUACACUGGUUUAGUUGGAGGCGAGGGCCGCCAGUCUGAGGUUAUGGACAUAGAAUCACACGGUCCAGCUACGACAAUAAAAGUUGUAUGGCACGGUGGUAGCAGUUACAGUGGAUUAUUAAUAAGUGUUGAUUUGACGCUAGCGCUGGAAUACGCCAUUUCAAAUCUUCCAGUAGGGCUGUCAGAAAAACUUCCACAGACUGUAGCCAGUGGAUAUCUUGAAAAGGCUGGUUUUCACGUCGUUCCAGCGGGUUUUGAUAUGUGGCGCAUUUCAUUCUCCACUGUCGAGAGAAACAUCCUGUCCGAUACUCCUGACGGGUUUAAAGCAUGUUACAGAGUACUAAAGUACGUGAGGGAUAAGGCCGCAAAAGAGCUCAAUUUGGACGCAUCAUUGGUUCCGUCUUACAUUUUCAAGAGCGUCUUGCUAUCCCGGUAUUUUGCAGCGGGAGCGGAGUCCAAGGGAAAGGAGUAUUGGCUCGUAGAAGACACCUUAGAUGUCGUUUUGCAGGGGAUUAUGCAUGGAGAUAUCAAGAAUUUCUUUUUGUCAGGAUACAAUCUACUGUCCACAACUGAUCACAAGAACAAGUUGCGACAGUUCAUCGUGGAAAACAUGUUGAGUCUCGUAGUGUCGAAGGGUUUGAAGAUGACGCCGCACACACGGGGAGAAGUUAGAGAAACGACAAGACAGAUCAGAGUGCUAGAAGUGGUAGAUGUACUGGAAUUCUUGUUGCCUGAAGCUUUUGCUGGAAAAGAUCUCACUGCGUUGUGGAAUAAACUGUUCGUUAACAUUGAUGACCUUCCUACAGGAGCCUCGGAUGACGUAGGAACCAAGUUUUAUGACCAGAUCACUGACCUAGAUAGAUUAGACCUAGACGAAGACGUCUAUGUUAAGCUCGUUCGAGAAUGGGAUGCGUUCCAAUCUGUUUUCAUUCAACUGAUUGAUUAUCUUCCAGAAGAAGAGAAAAGUUUGGCUCUCAAGUUCUUCCUCAGAACGUGGGACAAAAAGAAGAAAUUUGAACGGGAACACCACGGUGACGUGGCCAACCCAGUCAAAAUAGCAGUUCAUGAAGCUGCCUGCCAAUACAUAAUGGAGACCGUUACAGAUUACAUUGACGAAAGGGGCUAUAUCGGAAAGGGUUUCUCAGAUCUUCUCAAAGCACUUCCUCGUGAUUACAAUUCACCUCGAUACUUUAGUGAUGUUGCUGCUAUAACCCGGGAAGAGGGAAGUGAUCGAGGGAGAGCAGUAUUCAAAGAGCGCCUUAAGGAAUUCAUGUCCUUGUUCUCUCAAUCAGUAUUAACGUCAGUUAUUGUUGGUUAUGUAAGCCAGUUUUUUGUUCAUGCCAAGGAGGGGUUACGACGUAAACUUGACCACAUCAAAAUACCGGAGUUGGAUCUAGACUGA